UCUCUGUUCAACCGGGCUUUGCUUGCGAAGGGGGUGAACUGGGGAUGCAACCAGAGGCUCCUGUCAGCAAUGGAGGCCGUGGCUUCCAAGGCAAUCCUCUCACUCACCCCCAACCGAAAGCAUCUAGUGCGAGAGAUUGACAUGGCGGCUCUCCCCGGACGAGACACCCCACCCUCCGCCUCACCCCGCCGCAGGACUCGGUGAGGUUGAAGACAACGAAAGCCCUGGAACGCCCACGCGCACCAACCCGAGGGAACGCCCCGUUUUGUCACGCACCUAACUGAGAGGUUCAUGGUGCAGUGGGGGAGGGGGAGGAGCAGUAGGGCCUCGGUUCCUCCUCCGCGGCGGGGAAAUGGCAAAGGUGCCUGAUCUCGGCUCCGACUUCGCCCAGAAGCUGCUCAAGGACCUCCGCCGCCGCCGGGAGCGCCUCGGGUUCGAGUCGGCGCCGCCGCCGGCGCAGCGGGGAACUGCGAACACCGCUGCGCCUCGGGAUGCCUAUUCAAAUUCUCGGAAACCAAUUCAAUUUCAGAAGCCACAACAAGCAGCUCCGGCUCCUCGUGUAGGAAGAUCAGAAGCUGCAACAAACAGAUUAUACCGGCAAGGCAACAGCUCCAUUGCCGGAGGCAGCAAGCCGCGCCGCCAUGACGCACCGCCCGUUGCCCACUCGCACGCCAUCGUGCCGUUCCAAGGAGGAGGAGGCAGCAAGCGGACGACGCCCGCAGCCAACACCGGCGUCGACAUGCAGAUGGCGCUGGCCCUCGCGCUCAGCAAUAGCGGCAAGCUCCACAACGUCCAGCUCGUGGCGCGUCAGGGCACCGGGGCCUCCAUGUUCUUCGGCGAGCCGGACAGGACGACGACGCAGGCGCGCCACCUCCUGACUCCUGGCGCGCACGUCGGCAAGGUGGCGAUCGGCGUCCAGAAGCUGAACGACAUUCUCAUGGCGUACUCCUCCGGUGGCGUGAGGAGAGGAUCGGUUGAGAUCGGGAAGCAGCUGCUCAGAGGCGCCAUGGACUUGGAGGAGUCCCUGAGCAUGCUUAUGAUGCUCCAAGAUGCCUCGGAUUACAUGGAAACCUCAGGGGAAGGCAAGGUUCUGCUGCUGGAGGGGGGCAAGGAGAAUUGGAAGAGCUCGACGCCACAUUCGACGAGUUCUGCUUCUGCAAGGUUGGUGGAGAUCGUUGAUGAUGAUUCAGAGACCGAGCAGGCUGACAAUGCAAGGAGCCCAUCAGAUGCUUUUAUGCAGAUCGUUCCUCACAGCUUGUCUCAGAAUUACAGAUCAAACCAAAGCUCACCUUUGCAGUUUACUGCUGUCACAAACAAUUCCAAGAGCAAUGCUACAAGUGGUGAGAAGGAUGAUUCAAAGGUGAGGAUGCCCAGUCUGAUUGCCAAGCUGAUGGGGCUGGAGAACCUUCCAUCGGCGAAGGCGGUUGCAGAGCGCAAGGGGACAGAGAGGUUUGUAAAGCCUGAAGCAGUGCCAAGAAGGGCGACGGCGAAAAAUGCGAUGGUUGGCACAUUACCAAUACGGAUUAUAGCUUCAGAACGGGUGCCAUCCAAAGGACAAAGCAAGAAUUUUCAGACAAGGGAGUGGAACAUCAGCCUGACAAAGUCUGAAGAACCUGUACUGUCGAAUAGGUUUUCACAUCUCAUGUCUGACAAGCAAACAAGGCAAACUAUGAGACAGGUGUUAAGCAAACAGGAAGGCACAGAUAGAAGAGCUAGUCUAAGCCAAGUAGUUGAUGACAAAAUAGUCCAUCAGGACAUGAAGCUGACUGAAGACAGCAACCAGCAAAAAACAGCCAUCAGUGCAGGAAAAAAGAUGAAUUUCCUUCAAAGAUUUAGGAAGAAUGCAAAGAACAAACCAGUCACAGAAGAGAAAGACAUUGUUCAAGAAAAUAAACAAAAUCUCGGAAAGAAGCAAACCAUAAGCAUAAAACAGAGAGACAGUGAGGUGAAGCCAAGGAGGACAAGGGAGAAGUUUAACAAGGAGAACCUUGCCACUCCUGAAAGCAAGGCUCAAGGAAAGAAUGGAAAGACUGCCAAGACAGAUAAAAUGAGAAGGCAACCACAAAGUAAGCUGACAGAUAAACACAUCAUGGACAUCAUGGAAAAGAAGGUGCAGAGUUAUAGUCGAACGACACAGAGUGAAACAGCCAGUCAAAAUUAUCGCCGAACAAAAAGUGAAACAGCCAGUCAGAAUCUAGAACACAAGAGGCCACUGAGAUCCGAACCAAAGCGUACGAAAGAGAAGUUUGAAUAUAUUGCAAUGACAGAACUGAAGAAUGCAGAGGAGACAAAAGUAGAUGAUACUGGGGCUCCGAAACCGUUGGACAACACUCCCAGUGAUGAUGGUGUAUUCAAACAAUCCACGGUAGAGAUGAAAGAUAGCAACAGUACUAGUGGGAUUUCAGCAGACCAAUCUGAAAAGCAAUUCACUGAAGAAAUCAAUGAUCCAAUCACUACUGUUGAACAGACCACUGCUGAUUCAAUUGCUGAGGAAAAUGAUGCUAGAGUUGAUCACACAUCCAGUGAGACUACACAGAUACUAGAAACUAUUUCUGAGGGAGAGCUGCAGGAGCAACAACUGCAACAAAUGACAGAAGUGCAUGAUCAAUCAAGAAAUGGUUUGGAUCAUAUCAUGAAGCCCGAUAACCUGACAGAUUCGAAAAAUCACAAGAUGAUUGUUGUUUCAUGUGAUUCAUUCACAGAGAACCAACUCUUGCUUACGGAAAUGUUGCUGAAGGAUCCCUACUUACUUGAAACUGCCAAGGCGAUAACUGGAUUCCAUGCUCCAGUCAGUGCUAUCCAUGUUAACACAGGGAAGUGGUUAGACAAAGGAAACGAGGUUCUUUCAGACGUAGGACGGGAAGUAAUCAGAAGGAAAGGUAAACGAACUGAGGCGAUGGUCGACGUUAGCACGACGCGCACUGCUAACCUGAAACUACAGACUCUGAGUGAUCUUAUCAGAGAAUUGGACGGCGAUAUUCAGUCUCUGAACAUCCCCAGGAAACUGCAUCAACAGAGUGACAAUAGCACAGCUGAAAACUUGAAAAUGGUACUCCUCAGUGACAUUGAACAUACACAUUCUGAUGCUAACUCAGUGUGGGACUUUGGUUGGAACCGUCUGCGGGACCUGCCAAUCGAGAAGAAUGAAGUUGUCAAGGAUUUAGAGAAGAACAUAUUGGGUGGCAUCAUCACUGAUGUAGCAAGGGAGCUUAUUGAUGUAUCGUUACGCCAUGGGUGCUGUGCAUGUGAGGCUUGACUAACUGUGUGAGGCUUGACUAACUGGGAAGUGUUGCAAACUUAGGCUAGUUCUGAAUAUGUAUGUAGGUUUUCCUGUGGAAACAACUUUUAUGAGUUUCUGUAUAUAAAAGAAAAGAGGGUGCGUGCGCGCGUGUUCUUUGCCAGUAUUCAAAUAAAUAAGAUAUUCUAGUAUCUGAUUGUAAUUUUCGCGUUCGUGUGCUGCUAAAUAGGUUUCUACUAAUGACUGUAAGCAGCAACUCUCUGUUUUCAUUGUA